CGAUACCACUGCAGAGUCAGCAAAUUUUCGAACGUAAUCAAACCUCGAUAGAUAUCACAGUUACUAGUUCACGAUCAAUAACAAAAAGCGAGAAAAAUGGAACUUCGACACCGGCGACCAUGUUACAUUGAUGAUGGAAAUAUCCUAUGGGACGGUGAUGCAGAAGCCAAGAAAGCUCAGAAGGAUGAAGCAGAGAAAAAGGCCAAGGACUCCAAACGCAAAGAAGAGAAGCCUCUAGCUGAAAUUAAACGACUUAAAUGUAAAUGCAAUCAACAAAGUAGAAAAAAAGAGGAAAAAACCAAGACAAAAGAGUUCAAGUGUACUUUGCAUGGCUGCAAUGUUUCGUACUGCAACGCAAAAUGUACGGGGGUGAAAAAAAGUGCAACUCUUGGAGCAGGAGCUGGCAUAACUGGACUUAAAGUACAAGCAGUUGAAGCGAACGUGACUGGAGUGAACGCUGGAGUGAACGCGGAGGGCAAGUGUCAAGUCAAUGGGGCCGUCCUACAGGGGGCGCAGGCCAACCUCACUGGCGCCAAAAUCAGAGGGAACGCUGAAGUUGCCGCUUCGGGUACUGCGUUACGAGCAAGGGGAUUCCAAGUUAACUUAACUGGGGCCAACAUUGGAGUCUCAGCCGAGGCGUCGGCUACAGCCAUUGGUGCAGACUUGAAAGCUGGCACAUUCGACGCCACUGGUCUACAAGCAACUGCAGACGUUUCAGCACAAUGUACGGUGAAGGGGAUCAGUGCCACUGGAUUGACCGCUGACAUCCGAGGCGCAAAAUUCCAAGCAAGCGCAAGCGCUGGAGUGGAAAAAGUUGGCAUAAAAGCAAAGGGUUUGACAGCUGAUAUUGUGGGUGUCGAAGGAUCCAUAAAUGCAUCAAAGAACUUCCAGAGUAUAGAUCAACAAUAUAAUGGUAUGAAUGUAAAAGUUAGGGGCAUUGAUCUAGGCCAAAGUUUGCAAGCAAGAACAGAAAACAAAAAUUUUGAAGCAAAUGGCAUCAAUGCCCAAGCAAUUGGAGUUGAUGCUCGAAACACAAACGAGGUGGUUACGAAAUCAGGGAUCACAGUUAAUGGUAUAAAUGCUGAUAUGUAUGGCCUAAGAAUUGGUCAGAAGUCCGUAACCGAACAAGGGGGAGGGGUGUCUUUUUCGGCAGUUAAUUUCAGAGCAGGAGUUGAUGCCAACGUUGGACCAACGGUUUCCACAAAUCCUUCUUUCAGUUUGGUCAAUUUUGAUAACUCUGUUGGUACGGGGGGCACUGGUUUCAGUCCCCAUUUUUCUUUAUUAAAUUUUGGUUGUGGUAGAGGUGGAGGGGGUUCUUCUGGGAGCGGAAGUGGCGGGAAUGGAAGUGGGAGUGGCGGAAAUGGUGGUAGAAGUGGGAAUGCUGGAAAUGGGAGUGGUAGAAACGUAGGUGGAAAUGAGAGUGGUGGGAAUGUUGGUGGAAAUGAGAGUGGUGGGAAUGGUGGUGGCUAUGGGAGUGGUGGGAAUGGUGGUAGAAGUGGGAGUGGUAGAAUUGGUGGUGAGAAUGGGAGUGGUGGGAAUGGUGGUGGAUAUGGGAAUGGUGGUGGAUAUGGGAGUGGUGGAAAUGUAGGUGGAUAUGGGAGUGGUGGGAAUGGUAGUGGAUAUGGGAGUGGUGGAAAUGUAGGUGGAUAUGGGAGUGGUGGGAAUGGUGGUAGAAGUGGUAGUGGAAGAAUUGGUGGUGGGAAUGGAAAUGGUGGAAAUGUUGGUGGAAAUACGAGUGGCGGGAAUGGUGGUAGAAAUGGAAUUGACGGAAAUGAUAGUAGAAAUGGGAGUGGUGGAAAUGGUAAAUGGGAUGAAAGAGAUAGAACUGGCGUCGGGACUGGAAACGGUGGAAAUGAUAGCGGAAAUGGGGGUGGAAACAGAUAUACCUUGUAUUCACUGCGCAGUGGAAAUAGAAAGGCUGCACUUGAAGGGGAAGAUUAUGCAAAUGAAAGGGAGCGCAGUGGAAAAGGUGGUAAUGAAAAUGAAGGGAGAGGACGGAUAGGAGGUGGUGAUGGCGGGAAUGAGCUAAGUGGCGCUGAUUGUGGUUGUGGGUGCGAAACAAGCAGUGAUCAUGGUCGUGGGGUUGGUAUUGAUAGUAAAUCUUCUACAAGAAAGGAGGGUGGAAUAAGGGGUGACGAACAGGAGAUUAAGGACGCGAGUGGCAUGUAUGUUGUUGGGGGUGGGCGUAUUGUCAAGUCUUCUUUUAAGAAAGAUGAAGAAGAGAAGAAAAAGUCCAAUGAUAUUAAGCGAACCGAGGAGGAAGAUGAUAAUGAGGAAGAAGUCGAGCCCAAGCCUAAAAAGAAGCCAAGUGGCCCAAAUAAAAAUAUACACGGGUUUGACACCAUUGGUGAUAGCUCUGACAAUAUGCAAGUAAUGAAAUCCUCCAGACGUUUAAAAAAGUUAGGGCAUUGUGGGAAUAUAAUGGGCUUUGACCAGUAAUUGGCGUUAAGAAACUGACGGACGUGUAACCGAGUCCAUGAGUCCGUUCUCCACAAGAUAUCUACAGGUUAGGGUUAGUGUUACGUAAGGAGAUCCAAUUUUAAGCCGGGGUUUACUUGCACAAAUUAAACCAAUGGAAGUCGGACGCUGUAUCCAAGGUCACCGAUCACAUCGUCUAUGUGAGAAUAUUCAUGCAAAAUUUUUUUGCACUUCGAUAUAUUAAUAUGUGUAAAAUAUGCAGAAGGAGUAUACCCAUUAGAUUGAUACUGUAGUCUUCUGACUUAUAAUAACAUAAUUAUUUGAAUGUCACAGCUGCAUCCGUUCCAACAGUUAAGCACUGGGCAAAUGUCCAGCAAAAGAGAUAUAAUUGCUCAUGUACACUUGAGUAUCAGACUCUUUGAGAAAGUACCAGAGAUGUAGAAACCAACCAUCUUCUUCUAAUGUAGGGAGUUAAGUACAAAGGCGAGAUACAAGAAAAAUUAUGAUUUAAAUUGUAUUGAAACUUAUGUACUACUACUACUACUGCUACUACUACUACUACUA